AUGAAGCGUGUCCUUGCCUCCGGCCUCGCCCUCCUGACCACGGCCCUAGCCCAACAGGUCGGCACCGAGCAAUCCGAAAGCCACCCCAAGCUCACCUGGCAAAAAUGUACCGCCCCCGGCAGCUGCUCCAACGUUAACGGCGAGGUCGUCAUCGACGCCAACUGGCGCUGGGUCCACGGCGUAGACGGCUACGAGAACUGCUACGACGGCAACACGUGGACGGACCUUUGUUCCAACGCUGACGACUGCGCUAAGAACUGCGCUGUUGAGGGUGCCGACUACUCUGGUACCUACGGUAUCACCACUAGCGGCGAUGCCCUUACCCUCAAGUUCGUCACUGAGCAUGAGUACGGUGCCAAUGUCGGCUCGCGUGUCUAUCUUAUGGCUAGCGACUCUAAGUAUGCCAUGUUCACGCUCAUGAAUAAUGAGUUUGCUUUCGAUGUCGAUCUUUCGCAGGUUGAGUGCGGCAUGAACUCUGCCCUCUACUUUGUGCCCAUGAAGGAAGAUGGUGGUCUCUCUGACGAGUCGAACAACGCUGCUGGUGCCAAGUAUGGUGUCGGGUACUGUGAUGCUCAGUGCGCUCGUGACCUCAAGUUCAUCAAUGGAAAGGGUAACAUCGAGGGAUGGGAGGCUUCUGAUACCGAUGACCAGGCCGGUGUUGGAUCCAUGGGAUCCUGCUGCGCCGAGAUCGACGUCUGGGAGUCCAACGCCUACUCGUACGCCCUCACUCCUCACGCCUGCGAGAAUAACAACUACCACGUCUGCAAGGACGACACCUGCGGUGGUACCUACUCCGAGGACCGUUUCAACGGUGGUUGCGAUGCAAACGGCUGCGACUACAACCCGUACCGGUUGGGCAACACCGACUUCUACGGCAAGGGCAAGACCGUCGACACCACUAAGCCCUUCACCGUCAUCACCCGCUUCGAGCCCGGCGCCAUGUACCAAGUCUUCAUCCAGGACGGCAAGACCAUCGAGGUCCCCGCCCCCAACAUCGAGGGCAUCCCCUCCGACUCCAACAAGAUCACCUCCGAGAUGUGCACGGCCGCCCCCAUCGCCUUUAAUGACCGCGAUCGGUUCAACGAGGUCGGCGGAUACAGCCAGCUCGAUGAGGCCCUCGCCAUUCCUAUGGUCCUCGUCAUGUCCAUCUGGAGCGACCACUACGCCAACAUGCUUUGGCUCGACUCCACCUAUCCCCCCGAGAAGGAGGGCCAACCCGGCGCCGCCCGUGGCUCCUGCCCCCAGGACUCCGGUGUCCCUGCCGAGGUUAUCGAGCAGUACGGCUCUACCCAGGUCAUCUGGUCCAAUAUCCGCUUCGGUCCCAUCGGCUCCACCCACGCCGUCUAA